AGGAGGAAAUAUCAGAUGUUAUGUAUGUGGGCAGUGUAUGGCUGAGCUGUCACCGGGUUUGUUAAUUCACUUCAUUACUGGCUGCCAGAGGAGCCAUGGCAGAGGACAGGGACCAGAAAGGAGCCCCCUGGGAAGACCUGCCACUACCUGAUUAUUAUCCUGAACCACAUAUUGAGGACGGAGCUGUGGUGAAUGGAGACGCAGAAGGGGAUGCACCUGGUACCACAGAGGAAAGCACCAAAGAUCAGGCGUUAAAAUGUAGCCCAAACCUGAUGCAGAUGCUAAAGGCAGCAGAGAGCAGGUGGACUCCUCAGGGUCGGGACGGAGACGGGGCAGAGGCAUCUGGGACAGAGGAGCUGGUUACUGAAGCAAUGAAGACUGACAUGCAAAUACAGCUCAAUGACCAGAAGCAAGAAUUCAACAAACGUCCCACCAAGACAGGUCGUCGCUCUCUGUCUCGGUCCAUCUCACAGUCGUCCACAGAUAGCUACAGCUCAGUGUGCAGUGACAGCUCUGAGGAUGAGUUGUCACCCAAAGACAAGCUUCAGAAGACCUCCAAGGGCCUUUCCGACUUCUGCAUCAAAAACAUCAAGCAGGCUGAUUUUGGACGCAGAGAAAUAGAAAUUGCACAGCAAGAAAUGCCAGCUCUAAUGGUCCUGAGGAAAAGAGCCGGUGGGGAGAAACCGCUGGCUGGAGCCAAAGUUGUUGGCUGCACACACAUCACAGCACAGACAGCGGUGUUGAUUGAGACUCUGUGUGUGUUGGGGGCUCAGUGUCGCUGGGCGGCCUGUAACAUCUUCUCCACUCAGAACGCUGUUGCUGCCGCUCUGGCUGAAGGAGGCACCUCGGUGUUUGCGUGGAGAGGAGAAUCAGAGGAAGACUUCUGGUGGUGUAUCGACCAGUGUGUCGGUGCUGAGACCUGGCAGCCCAACAUGAUUCUGGAUGACGGAGGCGACAUGACCCACUGGAUCUAUAAGAAGUACCCGAGCCUGUUCAAGAAGAUCAGAGGCAUCGUGGAGGAAAGUGUCACGGGCGUCUAUCGGUUGUACCAGCUGUCAAAGGCAGGCAAACUGUGUGUCCCAGCCAUGAAUGUUAAUGACUCAGUGACCAAGCAGAAAUUUGACAACCUCUACUGCUGCAAGGAGUCCAUACUGGACGGGUUGAAACGAACUACCGACGUCAUGUUUGGAGGAAAACAGGCAGUGGUGUGUGGAUAUGGCGAGGUUGGCAAAGGUUGCUGCACUGCCCUGAGAGCUUUGGGUGCUGUCGUGUACGUCACAGAGGUGGAUCCCAUUUGUGCCCUUCAGGCCUGCAUGGACGGCUUCAGAGUGAUUCAACUGAGUGAGGUGAUCAGACAGGCAGACAUGGUCGUCACCUGCACAGGCAACAAAAACGUGGUGGGGAGGGAACAUCUGGACAGAAUGAAGAACGGCUGCAUAGUCUGCAACAUGGGACACUCCAACACUGAGAUAGAUUUGGUGUGUCUGCGGACUGCAGAGCUGAGGUGGGAGCGUGUGAGGCCUCAGGUGGACCAUGUUAUCUGGCCUGAUGGCAAGAGAAUUGUCCUGCUGGCUGAGGGCCGUUUGCUGAAUCUGAGCUGCUCCACAGUGCCGUCAUUUGUCCUCUCCAUCACCGCUACCACUCAGGCACUGGCCCUCAUAGAGCUGUACAACGCUCCAGAGGGACGAUACAAACAGGACGUCUACCUGCUGCCAAAGAAGAUGGAUGAAUACGUUGCCAGUCUUCACCUGCCGACAUUCGACGCUCACCUCACAGAGCUGACUGAUGAUCAGGCCAAGUACCUGGGCAUCAGCAAACACGGGCCCUUCAAACCCAACUACUACAGGUAUUAACUUGUGGACAUAAAACUGAAGGACAGGAGCUCAUCCAAUGUGCUAUUGCGGAUUUUAUGUUGGAAAAACCUGUCACAGUCCUGUGGACGAGCACUGACGCCCUCCACAGCCUUCGGAUCCCCAGGGCACAAUAUUGUGGAGAGAGAGCAGAUGGAGACUGCAAGCCUUUACUUUUGUUCACUUAUUUUUCUCUGUCCGUGUGGUUGUAUCUGUUGAAUGUAAUCACGGUGAUUUCUGAGCUGUCAUUGAAAUAUGAAGAGAAACACAAAGUGCUGAAUGUUUUAUUAUUUACCCCUCUGCUUGGAAAAACAACAAUAACUUUUCUUAAAUGGAGCAGCAAUCAGUAACAUACAUUUAACCAACUCAACCAGUUAGUCAGCUGAAUAUCUGCUGAUUAUCAGUGAGGGAGAAACACGUUUAAACAUAGAAAAUACUUUCAUAUCUCGUGGCCUAUAAUCCUGAUUUAAAUCUAACUACCACUUUUACCUGAAUUUAUCAUGAACCUAAACCGAAGCCUCUGACUGUCAGAACAGGAUGCACUCGACAAUCAGCUUAUCGCUAGUUGAUGUAUCAAUUGUAUAAACUGAUAACCUGUUGAGACAGUGUUGUUGCUGUUUCACAUCCGAGGCACUGCUGAGGCAACAUUGGACCACCAACAUAAAGUAAGGCCCGAAGUUAACACAUUUUCAUUGACCUAAUGCUCCGAAAGAUAAUUGUACCUGAGUCGUAAGAUUUAGUAAAACAAAGAGAACGGUUUCGGUCUUUUUCAAAGCUCUUCCUAGGGUUUCUGUCUGAUCAUUUUUGUUAAAAGAAAAAUAGGAAGGCAUUUUAAAUAUGAAAGCAGAAUGGUAUUUUUCUUCGUUUGGUGCCAGAAACAACCCCAGAUGAUCAGUGCCCCCACACAGCCCUGUGCAUACAGAUCUAUCCCUCGCUCCCUACUAAACAAGGGCCGAUGGCAAAAGUGACCAGCUGGACCUGCUGCUCUGAAACAGCUCCACUCGUAAGUGACUUCCUUUUUACACAGUAGGGGGCGUAAGAGCACUAUUGUCUUCGAGUGAUUCUAGCAAAUGGUCAUAAGUUUCCAGCAUCUCUCACUAUGAAAAGCCUCAGUUCUUCUGUCCCACUAUGAGUUUUGAAUCAACUCCCUGCACAC